AAUCUCUUCAUUUUUAUGUGAUAAAAAGUGAGAGCCUCUAAAAAGUGAAAGAAAAAAAUGAUCAAGUUAAGAUCAAAGAGGUUAUCCAGAAGUAAUUCGAAAGUUAGAAGAAGUGGGACUGAGGCAGCAGGGAAAAGUAUUGUGGGAAGCAAGAGCAUUAAUUGUGGUGAAAUCAAGUGGGAAUUACGUCCAGGAGGUAUGCUAGUUCAAAAAAGAGAAUGUGACAACAUUAAUGGUGGAGAAACGAUCAUCACACUUCGAGUCUCAACUGUUUCUAAUUGGCAUGACAUAUCUAUCCAACCCACUUCAACUUUUGGUGAAUUGAAGAUGAUGCUGUCAAUGGUAACUGGUUUGGAACCAAAGGAGCAGAGGCUAUUAUACAGAGGGAAGGAAAGGGAAGAUUAUGAACACUUGCACAUGGUUGGAGUGAGAGACAAGGACAAAGUGCUGCUAUUCCAAUUUCCACCUAUCAAAGAGAGUCUCCAAGUCAUAGGCGGCUCUCCUUAUCGCACAAUUAGCGUCUAAAACUCCUACUAAUUAAUUAGUUAAUUCACUUCUAUAUCUAUUACGUAAGAGUUUGUGGUGUCUUGCUCUCUUGCUUAAUUACUGACUAACCCCUAAAUAAGAAAAUCUUCAUGAAUGGAAUAUAAUAUGGCGAUAAUUUAAUCUUUUGUCUCCAACUUGGCCAAUUCGGAGUAGAUAAUUUGUUUCUUUGUUGUAGCAGUAAAUUUUAUAGUUAUUGUCUAACUAUAUUUUUAUUGUAUGAUGGGCAUUCACAU